AUGGACAAGCCUCUCUCUUUUUGUAGCGGUAGGGCCUGGUCCUGGACUUCCAAUUCUAGCGGGAGCUUGUGGAGGUUUGGACUUGGAACUCCGUUGCAAUGUCGACCGGGGUGGCGGGAGCAGCAACAAAGAACAUUCAUACAGAUGAGGACCAAUCUCAAGGUGGUGGAUAACUCUGGUGCAAAAUGGGUCAUGUGCGUACAGGCUUUGAAGGGGAGGAGAGGAGUAAGAUUGGGUGACACUAUAAUUGCAUCCAUAAAGGAAGCACAACCUCGCGGUAAGGUAAAGAAGGGAGAGGUAGUGUAUGGUGUGGUUGUGCAUGCUGCCAUGCACCGGGGAUGUUGUGAUGGCAGUGAGAUCAAGUUUGAUGAUAAUGCAGUAGUCCUUGUUAACAAGCAGGGAGAGCCGAUUGGCACCCGAGUUUUUGGACCAGUGUCCCAUGAGCUUAGGAAGAAGAAGCAUGUCAAGAUUUUAACUUUGGCUGAACAUAUAGCUUAGGUAUCUGGUCUCACAGGCUGCAAUAGUUCUUCAAUUUAGGGUUCUGAACGUUGGGAGAGCACAAACUGUCAAACAUCCUGUCUGUGAUUGAGGACAAUUUAUGUUGUGCUUGGUUGUUUUGCAUGUUGAAUCUACCUUGCCAAUCAUCAUUGUACCUGAUGCAAGGGACUUCAAAAUAGAGUCAUAACUGACGCGUUUAUCAAGGGCUGCAUUUUCAGUUGCAAUAAGAUUACUCAUCUGCUUUCAAGCAAUUUUUGAAUUUGUUAUGUUGUGUUACUAUCUGGUUAAAGUUUUUUGGAAUAUUAAGAUUAUGGCAAGUUUAUUCCCCCAUUGUAGAGUUGCCUGCCAUUUAAUCACAUGGCUAGGUGAGCAAGCAUGCAGCAGUACCUUUUGAGUUGCUUUGAUUUCUUGGAAAAUAAUUCAUGGUUUAGCUUCUUCCCCCUCU